UUGUAGCUUCCGGAGAUGGUGCCUUAAAUAAACGACUGAUCAGGAUUACAAUGUCCGCACUUCAAACGAUGGAACAAAGUGAUGAAAAUAAAUCAAUGAAUAACCCAAUACCAAACACUACACUUGGUCGAAAUAAAAAUGAAACAGAUGAUCUACAACUGACACAAGCUGAAAUGAGAGAAAUGCUGGAUGCACAAGAAAAUGAAACAAGUGUCAGCAUGUUUGAUUUUGCUGGACAAUUUGCUUACUAUGCUUGCCAUCAGAUCUACAUAAGAUCCGAAGCCUUUUACAUUCUGGUGAUGGACAUGAGUAAAGCUUUCAAAGAUGUCGUUAAUAGCGAAUCAGAAGCACGUCCGGGCUCUAUCUUCUCUAAGUGGACAUACAAAGAUUAUCUUGACUUCUGGCUUGACUCCAUAAAAUCGUUUAGUGGUCCGUCUGCUCAAGUUCUUGUGGUGGCUACGCAUACAGAAGGCAAGACAAAAGAGUUAUUUUACAGAAAUUGUGUGACAGAUUCCUAA